GGUCGAUUCAGCGCUGGAGAAGCAUCCUGUUGCUAUUUGCUCUGCGCUCAAGGCUUGGGGUGGAGAGUCAUGCUCGAGCUCCUUGCUUUGUAAAGGGCAGAAGCGUGGCUUGGGCAGAGGGUCGCACGCGCCAAGCUGGGGGGGGCGUGGCUCCGUGUCGCUAGUUGAAGACUUGGGGCGGGCUCACCCCGGGGGCUGAGAUUCUUGAGUCCUGUGUAAACGAGGGGUGGGGCUUCCUGUCCAUAAAUUGAUAUACAGGUGCAGCCUCAUGAAGAACCCCGCUGCCGCCGUCGCCGCCGCCCCUGAGGAAGGUUCCUUUUUCUUGUUCCUGCUUCUGGCAUGCGGGACGCUGGUGGCUGCCCUGCUGGGGGCUGCUUACAGACUCGGGCUUUUGUAUCAGCUGAUGCACAAGGUGGAUGAGACGAGUGUCCGGCAUGGUGGGGAGAAUGUGGCAGCCGUGCUAAGGGCCCAUGGUGUGAGGUUCCUCUUCACACUGGUUGGUGGGCACAUUUCUCCGCUGUUGGUGGCCUGUGAGAAGCUGGGCAUCCGCGUGGUGGACACACGCCACGAGGUCACAGCUGUAUUUGCUGCAGAUGCUGUGGCUCGCAUAACAGGGACUGUGGGUGUGGCAGCAGUGACAGCGGGUCCUGGUCUCACUAACACGGUGACCGCGGUGAAGAAUGCUCAGGUGGCGCAGUCCCCGAUCCUGCUUCUGGGUGGAGCUGCUAGUACGUUGCUGCAGAAACGGGGUGCGCUCCAGGCCAUCGAUCAGAUGUCCCUCUUUCGGCCACUCUGCAAGUUCUGUGCAUCUGUGCGGAGAGUGCGGGACAUUGUGCCCACUCUGAGGGCUGCGAUGGCUGCUGCCCAGUCAGGUACCCCAGGUCCUGUGUUUGUGGAGCUACCUCUUGAUGUGCUGUACCCUUACUUCAUGGUCCAGAAGGAGAUGGUGCCAGCCAAGCCACCAAAGGGCCUCACGGGUGUAGUGAUUUCUUGGUAUUUACAGAAUUGCCUGGCUAACCUCUUUGCUGGUGCGUGGGAGCCUCAGCCCGCGGGGCCCCUGCCCCUGGACAUCCCCCAGGCAUCCCCUCAGCAGGUUCAGCGCUGUGUGGAGACCCUGAGUAGGGCCAAGCGGCCCCUGCUGCUGCUUGGCAGCCAAGCGCUAUUGCCCCCGACACCUGCCAGCAAGCUUCGGGCUGCUGUGGAGACGCUAGGCAUCCCCUGCUUCUUAGGGGGGAUGGCACGGGGGCUGCUGGGCCGCAACCACCCCCUCCACAUCCGGCAGAACCGUGGCGCAGCCCUGAAGAAGGCAGAUGUUGUCAUCCUGGCAGGAACUGUGUGUGACUUCCGCCUCUCCUACGGCCGUGUCCUGAGCCGCCACAGCAAGAUUAUUGUCGUCAAUCGGAAUAGGGAGGAGAUGUUGCUCAACUCAGACAUCUUCUGGAAGCCCCAGGAGGCAGUGCAGGGAGAUGUGGGCUCCUUUAUACUGAAGCUGGUGCAAGGCCUUCAGGGUCAGAUGUGGGCCACCGAUUGGGUAGAGGAGCUGCGGGAAGCUGACCGGCAGAAGGAGCAGACCUACCGGGAGAAGGCAGCAAGGCCCGUAGCCCAGCACCUGAACCCAGUACGGGUACUGCAGCUGGUGGAGGAAACUCUGCCUGACAACUCAUUUCUCGUGGUUGAUGGUGGGGACUUUGUGGCCACUGCUGCCUAUCUCGUACAGCCCCGUGGCCCCCUGCGUUGGCUCGAUCCUGGGGCCUUUGGGACUCUGGGAGUUGGUGCAGGGUUUGCGCUUGGGGCCAAGUUGUGCCAGCCGGAUGCUGAGGUCUGGUGCCUCUUUGGGGAUGGAGCCUUUGGGUACAGCCUCAUUGAGUUUGAUACAUUUGUCAGACAUAAGAUCCCAGUGAUAGCCUUGAUAGGGAAUGAUGCAGGUUGGACCCAGAUUUCUCGGGAGCAGGUGCCCAGAUUGGGCAGCAACGUGGCCUGUGGCCUGGCCUACACUGAUUAUCACAAGGCAGCCAUUGGUCUGGGGGCCCGGGGCCUGCUGCUCUCACGGGAGAAUGAGGACCAGGUGGUCAAGGUACUGCGUGAUGGCCAGCAGCAGUGCCAAGAUGGUCACCCGGUUGUGGUCAACAUCCUCAUUGGGAGGACGGACUUCCGCGAUGGCUCCAUUUCCGUAUAGGGCCUCCAGGGUCAGUAUGCUUGGCUUCCUUCCUGCACCUGGACUGUGACUGGCUGGUCUAGAGUCUUACCCUUGCCUGCGCUGGACCUAUCUAUCCUGUGAGGCUAGUGACCUCACAACCCUCUGAGCUGAGGGGCUGGAGGAUCACAGCUGCCAGCAGCAUCUUGGCAACCUUGCAGAGCUACGGGCCUUUGUCUCCACAGACCUAACUGCACAUCUCCCCUCUGCUCUUACAGACCAAAUAAACCACUUCUGGCCCACAUGGACCCAAGGACUGAGUCACA